GGCGGCGGCGGCGUCUCCCCCUCCCGCCGUUUGCGAUUGAGGGUCCGGAGAAGGCGGCGGCGGCGGCGGGGGGGGGGGGGCGGCCGGUCGGUCGGUCGGUCGGUCGGUGGGUGUUUGCCCACCCGUGGCCGCGGCAGCAGUGAAGCCGUGCGUUUUGGAUGAUGGUGGUGCCCGGAAGCGCCCCGGUUAUCCAGCAGGAUCAUGCUCUGGAGCCUGGCUUAGGACGAGACUCCACGGAGAACUCUGCCAUGGGCCCUGACCCCGAGCCGGCGCCCGCGGAGGUGGGCCCAGAGCUAGAGGAGGUGCGAAAGCUGCGGGAGCUGGUGAGGAGGCUGGAGAUGGAGAAUCAGCACCCGAGAACGAAGGGUAGCAGGGGCGUGCUUGGGACAAACGUGCAGAGUGAGAGCCAUACUGGUGUGGAUAACCACGGCUCUGGUCUUAAUGGGAUGGAAAUUCACAAUAGCAUCAAUGCGAUAACUGAGAAGCAAGAAUUGCAAAUCAUGGCGGAUCUGCACAACCAGUUGAGCAAAAUAAGAAGGGAGGAAGGAGAGCACAACUGCUUCAAAAAAGACAUAGGUGCCCAAAUGCAAUAUAGCUGCAACAGUGCCACUGAGGAAUUGUCUUCCAGCGUGUGUGAGGUGGAAACGGAGACCGGUGAUCGCGUUAGGUGUUCUUCACGUACGGAUACAAGUAGUAGCACAGAGCUUGUGGGAAACUUGGUCAUUGCAGGUUUUGAUUCCUCAGUUAAAAUAAACGAACAAAAUCCCAAUGCAAAAUGUGGAGAUCUAGAAGGUCUUUCGAAUAACACAGACCUGGAUGAAGUGAAAGUGUUAGAACUUGAAAAUUGCAAUGAAGAAGAAGAUAGCUGGCUCUAUGUGUCCCCGAGAAAAUCUACUACAGAUCAGAAAACGGCCUCACCUUUAAAAUGGUGCCGGCAGGUGUUGGAUAAUCCCAGUCCCGAGACAGAAGCAGCCUGCCGAACUCUUAUAAACAGACUUGAUCAAGCCAGUAGAUGGAAAAACCUGUAUUGCAGUCCAUUGGCAUCACCAAGCGCACAUAAUUUGAAUACAGAGACAGGCUCCUGUAGCAAUGCACUAAACUCUCCCGGGCAUCUCAAAUCGACUAACAAAGCACUACUAACCUGUGGCAGCUCAGGUUACUUGAGCAUGCAUUCUGCACUGAGCUCUCAGUCGUCUGUGGACAGUGAGCUGAGCACGUCUGACGACUCCAUCUCGAUGGGAUAUAAACUGCAGGACUUGACCGACGUCCAGGUUAUGGCACGCCUUCAGGAAGAGAGCCUCCGCCAGGACUGUGCCUCCAGCUCCGCCUCCGUGUCCCGCCGCAGCUCCAGCGCUUCCCUUCACUCCCUGCGAAGAGGCACCUACAGCGACCAGGAGUUCGACACCUACAGCCUCGAGGAUGAGGACGACUACGACUGCUCCCUGUCGUACCGGAGCGCUCACAGAUACUCCCCGUCUCCGCUCAGCUCCCCCCGCUGCCAGUCCCCUUCCUCCAACGCCGACUACGGCCGGACACCCACGUCCCGCAUCCGCCCGCCCCGGAGAGCUGUGCAGAGCCCGAUGCAAGACCGGCUCAAGUAUGCGAACAGCGAAGAGGAGAUGCGCCACAGCAUGCCCAACCUGGCCAGGACGAGCCUCCGAGCUUUGGAGUCGGUGCGGAGCAGCCGGAGCCUGGAGUCGGACCUGCAGGUGCCGAGCAGCCGCAUCCCCAGAACUCAGCAGCGCUCAGCAGGUCUGGCUCCCAGUAAGCUCAGGUAUUCCUCCGGUGCUGGCCAGUCUCCCUUAACGGUGCGACAGCCGAUGAAAGCGGGGGCCUGCACAAACUCUCUGCUAACCCCCAGGCAGCCCGUGAAAGCCUGCAGUUACGCAAAUCCUGUUAGCGGGGUCCGAAAACCACAGGCACCUCCUCUCAGCACGGGCUCCUCCGGUAGCAGCGGCGCUCCCAGAGCCGGUAACGUGGGCACUGUGGCAAAAAAUUCCCCCAUGAAAGCCCGCACGUCCGUUGGGGGAAUCUCGGCGCCCAAGAGCAAGCCGACGCCACCCUCCAGGAGGUUUCUCCAGUCGGCACCACCCACUCAGGCCGUGGAGGAUGAUUCCUGGAAGGAUGGGUGCUACUGACCCCCCAGCUGCCCGGGGGGUUACUGGGAAAGAAAGGACGUUACUGGGAAAUGCAACUGGAGCCCCGGGGCACUGCACAUCCUUCCUCUUGUUCUGCCCCGAGCCCGAGCUCUCACCGGUGGAACACAGAACCCCUUUACUGCCUUUCCACCAUCCAAAACGUUACCGGAACACGAGUCUUCGCCCCGAAGACUGAAAAUAAGCCUUAUUUCCUAGAAACCUCGACUCGUAGCCCUUUUGGAAGGUUUGUCACGAAAAAACUUGUGAGCUGCUCCUGCGGAGGGUUGGUUGAAAGGCUGCUGGGGGUGGUGGGCCCAGCUGGACCAGCGCCUGCGGGAGACUAGAAAUAGCUGUAUAGAUGUUAGAAGUAAGACUUUUAAAAUUCAACCUGAUGUACUUUAAUAUUUGUCCGAAACACAACUGUUGGGUUGGUUGUUUUGUUUUUUGUUUUUUUUUUUUUUUUUCUACUUCUGUAUAGAAUGUAUUUCUGCUACUUUUUAUUGUUUGUUCUAGAAGAUGAAGCAGGUUUUUAUAACUGUAGGACACUCCAGGCUGUUGUACUCAAGCGUGUGCAUCACAGUUCACAAGUGAAGGAGCAGUACACAAUAUUUGUGUGGGUUUGUGAACAGGCAGGGGACAGGGGUUGCUAUUUCAAAAGGGCUGUUUACCAGCAUCUUAUCUCAGCUGAGGAAGCUAACACUGGUUAAAAGCAGACUUUUUAAACCCACCCCCCCCCCCAAACUCAUUUGACUUGAAGUGUUCCCCUUCAGUCUCGCUCCUACCUGCCCUGAUUUUUGUAGAAGUUUUCUGCCCUUUGGCGAUGAAGGAUUCUGUUUCAGUGUCCUUUUCCUCAGCGAGUGCCGGAUGCUGUGAAUACAGUCUUAGUACAGAAAAUAUGCACUGAUAGCAACCUUCUCCCUGCCGUCGAUGUGAUUUUGAUAGUGUAGUUUAAUAAAAUGUUAUGGUGCUGAAAUAGAUCUGCUUUAUUCAAACA